GUCCCCUUCCGUGUGAUGAAACGGAAGUAUGCUCACAGCUGUAGGAUUAGAGACAUUCAGGGCAUUUUCGAGAAACUCACGUCCUGCAGUUAACAUGGCACAUAAUACACAUAUAUAGUAAAACCGUCGUUGUACCUAUUGAUAUGUGGUUUAGUUCAACAUGCGUAAAACGCGUGCACAAGCGCAAAUGAACACAAUUCCAUGGAACGCUUCAUUGCAAGGAACGAAUGGAUUCAUUCUGCGUUGGCGGAUGGUCAAGGAAAGUCAGGGGAAAACGCUGGACAUUUGAUCUCAACAAAGUGCAGCCUUUUAUUGAGCACAACGAAUGCAUCACAGAGAGCAUUUCGUUCAGAGAAGGUAUCAUAGAGUAACAAAUCCUUUUUGGGAGACUGUUCAGCAACUGUUUGGCUAUUUGAUCUUAUAUGCGCGCAAGUAUCGAACUUAUUACAUCAAAUGGAUUCAUUAUUUAAUUGCCUUCAACAGUCUCUGUUUGAUGCGCAUGGUUGGUUACAUUUGAAAGAGUUGUGAUGGUGGAUUGGAAUAAUUGGGCGGACACUUACUGUUAACACGUUUGUGCGUAAAUGAACAGAGGAAUUGAUAACGAAAACCGGCAGUGGCCCUUCUCUGUGCUUGGGGAGAAUUCGGGUGGGGGACACGCAGCCGAUUUCAUGUUUGCCACAAUAUUGGUUUAUUCCCCGCAGCAUUGACGUAAACAAGAACAAACAACUCUGUAAUAUUAAGUUAUAAUUACUCUCAAAUUUCAAUACGCAAAACACGUAAAAUGUGAAUUAUGUAUGCAAAUAAGGAAGACCCGAAGUUGUUUCUAUUCCAAAGAGCUUUCGUUGACGUUGACUGCCAUUCCAAUUUCCUUCAAACGCACGUCCUUCACCGGCAGACCUAUUUAAUCAGUUACACAUUUUAUUUGGUGUCAGUGAGUGGAUACCAAUUUUGCACAAUAGGAGCAACAUUUAAUAGAACCAUUUAAUCUAGUCUAUCGUCAUUGCAUCUAUUUACAAAGGAAACCGUAGGCUAUGUCUAAAUGCGGGUUUAAAGACCCCUAUUCCAAAGCAGUCGUGCAAAUGGCUUCAUUCCCUGACUCAGACUUGAUGACAUGCCCCCUAUGCAAACAACUGUGCUGCUCCUCUGCUCCACUCUCCUCCAACUCUUCUACCUCCUCGUCCUCGUCUCAUACCUCAACUAGCUCAUCUACCUCAUCCUCCAGAAGGCUCCACGUCCUCCCAUGCCUCCAUGCCUUCUGCAGGCAGUGUCUGGAGGGCCAGCGGAACCCCGAAGACCCCUUGAAACUCCGGUGCCCGACUUGUGACCUAAAGGUUCUAAUGCCCGUAUCAGGAGUAGAUGCCUUGCCCUCGUCAAACUUUUUAUUUAGCAACAUGUUGGAUGCCGUGGUAAAUUUGUCUGAGGAGCAAAUCAACAAUACUGUUAGCAGCAGGAGCAACAACUUGUCUCACAGACACAGCAGAGAGCCCCUGUGCAGCUCUUGCAACGAGGGCAAUCCCGCUACCUCUCACUGCCGAGACUGCCAGGAGUACCUAUGUAACAACUGUGUAUGGGCACACCAGAGGGUCCGGCUUACCAAAGAACAUUUCAUUGAUAGACUAGUGGAGAGUCUGUUUCACCAACACCUGGGGAACCGAACCAACAACUCUAACAACUCUCCUACUGCCACUCUGAGCCGGUCCUCCUUCCAGUCGAGCUACUCUCUGCUGCCUGUCUUUAAGGACAGAGAGCAUGACAAUGCGGUUCUGCAUUUCUUCUGUGAUACGUGCUCCGUGCCUGUCUUUAGGGAGGCCAGUGUGGGUUGUCACUCGGGCCACAGCCUCCUCUACCUCCAGGAUUCCCUGCAGGACUCCAGGACCCUCACCAUCCAGCUGCUGGCAGACGCCCAGCGGGGCAGGCACGCUGUACAGCUGAGCAUUGAGAAAGCACAGGCCGUUGCUGAGCAGGUGGAACUGAAGGCCAUGGUGGUCCAGUCAGAGGUCAAAGCCAUCACACAGCGUCAUAAGAAGGCCCUGGAGGAACGAGAGUGUGAACUACUGUGGAAAGUUCAGAAUAUCCGUCAGGUGAAAGCCAAGUCCCUCUAUCUCCAGUUAGAGAAGCUGCACCAGAACCUGACCAAGCUGGACAGCACCAUCUCUACAGUAACCCAGGUCCUAGAGAAGGGCAGUAGUCUGGACCUGCUGCUGGCCAGAGAGAGCAUGCUCCUCCAGAUCACAGAGCUUAAGGCCCUCGGGGAGCUGUUACUGCCGCAGGAUGAUGAUCGCAUCCUGUUCACCACCCCCGACCAGACCUUGCUCCUUGCCAUCCAGUCCCUAGGUCUGGUCAGCUCCGGGGCCUUCGCCCCCCUCACCAAGGCCCAGGGAGAGGGGCUUUGUCGGGGCUUGCAGGGUAAGCAGGCUUCCUUCACUGUGGUGGGGUAUGAUCAUGAUGGAGAGCUCAGGCUGUCUGGUGGGGACGGUGUGUCAGCUGUGGUGGUGGCGUCCGAUGGUAACCUGCUAAACGCUGAGGUGACCGACCAUCAGAACGGGUUGUACACGGUCAGCUACCUGCCCAAUGUAGAAGGAGAACAUCUGGUGUCAGUUCUUAUCUGCAACCAGCACAUCGAAGGCAGCCCCUUUAAAGUGCUGGUCAAGUCUGGCCGUAGCUAUGGAGGUAUCCCCUUGCCGGUGGCCUCGUUCGGCAGGGAGGGGGACGGAGAUGGGCAGCUGUGUCGCCCCUGGGGGGUGUGUGUGGACAAAGAGGGCUACAUAAUCGUAGCUGACCGAAGCAACAACAGGGUGCAGAUCUUCAAGCCGUGCGGUUCCUUCCACCACAAGUUUGGUACGCUGGGCUCUAGACCAGGCCAGUUGGACCGACCAGCUGGGGUGGCCUGCGACAGCCAGAGGAGAAUCUUCGUUGCCGACAAGGAUAAUCACCGCAUCCAGAUCUUCACCUUUGAAGGCCGGUUCCUCCUCAAGUUCGGGGAGAAGGGAACCAAGACCGGUCAGUUCAGCUACCCCUGGGACGUGGCGGUCAGCUCGGAGGGAAAGAUCCUCGUCUCAGACACCCGGAACCACCGCAUCCAGCUCUUCAGGCAGGACGGCACAUUCCUCAACAAGUACGGCUUUGAGGGGGCUCUAUGGAAACACUUGGACUCCCCCAGAGGCGUGGCCUUUACUCAGGAGGACCACCUGGUGGUGACAGACUUCAACAACCACCGUCUGUUGAUCAUCCGGUCGGACUGCCAGUCGGCCCGCUUCCUGGGAUCAGAGGGAACUGGUAACGGUCAGUUCCUGCGGCCGCAGGGCGUAGCAGUGGACCAGGAGGACCGCAUUGUGGUGGCUGACUCCCGGAACCACCGGAUCCAGGUGUUUCAAACCAACGGCAAUUUCUUAUGCAAGUUGGGGACUCAGGGUAGCAGCUUUGGACAGAUGGAUCGCCCAUCGGGUAUAGCUGUUACUCCUGACGGAAGGAUUGUUGCCGUGGACUUUGGAAACAACCGAAUCAUUAUGUUCUAGGCUAGGCAGUUUGUCUGCUGGUUUGCAAAGAAAGAAACAUUGAAGAGGAGAUUUUGAAACACACCCAGCAGAUGCAAAUGUCUUUGUGAGCAAAUGGAGACGGUAAUAUUGAAACUUGACCUUUUCUCUCAGCUUUACCUCUAUUUUGAAAGAGCAAAUCAAUGUAGAACAUGAACCACUGCCAACAAGGGGUUAUUGUCAUAAGCUGACAUUUUGAACCCUAUAGAAGGCCUUCUGUGACAGUAUCUGGCUCGAUAGUUGUCUUUGCUCCUGAUGUGUGCGUCAAAAUCUCUGAUUUUCUCAGGGAAUUUCUUGCAUUCUUGAAAUAUUUCCUACCUCAUGUAGCUGUGUAUGAAUGUACUCCUUUAUUAUUUGAUGGAGAUUUUGCCAGUGGAGUUUUGAUAAAGUAACUACCUCAAUGCAAGAGAAAAGUAUAGUUAACAUGAAGCAACAUUUGGUUGAUAUUUGCACAGAAAGCACUCACACAUUUUCUCUAAUUGUUACUGUUGACAUAAAGCGUGUGAAAUCCCAGAAUGUUGCUGAGAACAAUGUAUUUCCUGUGUUACAUACAUGUGGAAACGUGGAGUCAGACAUUUUUUAUAAACUCAGCAACUGUUA